CCGGUGAAUAUCACCGUAGACGCCGGUGCACUCAGACUAUGGGCGCCUGCGGGAUCGACCUGCUCCCGACUGCUCUGCUCGUGCUUGAAUUUUCCUUCUCUGGGGACCUGCCUCCUUCUCUGCGCUAUCGUCCACCUGGGAAUACCAUUUUCUAGAGGUUUCUGACUCUGUUACUCUCUGUCCUGGGGAUCUCUGAUAUCCAUCAUAUUGCCGAGUGCUACUCCACGUUGCGGAGGACAUGCACAGACGAUGGAUCUUUCUCAUUCUGUUGUGCUUGAUUUUCUACGUGAGCGCACAGGAUGUGAAUAUUUCGGACCAGGUUUCCAACACAUCGCUCUACGAGAACGAUGACAGGAGCUAUUCCGUAGACCCAAUCCUACGGUAUCGCCCCUCUUUUGCCAGUUCUCUACCAAUCCAAAUCCUCGUAACAGGCAUAGUCCUCACCCUUACCGCCGUCCUUUUCAUCCAUCUCAUCUUCACCGCACAAUACCACUGGCCUCUUGCCCCAGUCAAUUUUGCACUCCAAAUAUCCGCCGUCUUCACUUUGUUGAUAGCUCAUAUAGCUACUCUUCAAGUUAUAUUGAUGACCGCCACGAGGGAGAGUAGGGGUUGGCCUUACAUGUUGACGUACAUCGCUGUGGAUAUACCCCCAUUGGAGGAGAUGGAUGAAUGGAGUACUGGGGAAUUGGCCGCUUGGUUGCUGAUGAAUGCAACGACGUCUGCGUUGAUUCAGGUAUGUGCGCUUUUUAUUUUUCCUCUACAUCGUACAGGGAGUCAAACUAAACGCUUGGCGUCGGGCUUGGCAUAUCUCCAGAUCACACACAUUCAAUUCCUGACCCUCCUCUUCCCGUCUAGUCUUGAACGUCGUCUUAUUUUCACCCUUCUCGGCCCACUCGCAGUCGUAGCCUCAGUCAUGCAACUUCUUCCCCUUCAUGAUUCGUCCAACACCAGGCUCUCCAGUAUAUCCUCUGCUGUUCAAAACAUCUGCAACGCCACACUCUCCCUACUUUUCACAGCAGCGCUCUUCAUCUGGGGUCUUUUCGUUAACCGAAAGCAAGCUUGGCGAACAGAUGGCGGGACAGCGGCAUUCGGAGCUGGUGCACUCACUCUGGCGCUAGCGUCUACUGCAAUCACUUUUAUCUAUAUCCCUAGCAAAGAUCAGUACGUUUGGAUGCCUGGUCUCAUGUGGGCCGUAAUAUUGUGGCAAAGCUUUUUGGGUUGGUGGUGGUGGGUGGGAGCGGGCAUGGGUGUGGGUGAAGUCGAAGAGAUAUUGAGAAGGGAAGAGAAGAGGAGGAGGAAACGGAGAGCGAGAUUAGCGAAGAGGCGAGAGAGGAAGGAGAAGGUGGAUACAUUUUGGAAAGGUGUGGCCGGCGCGCUUGGAUACGAUCGAAAAGCAAGGAUGGCUGCUCUUGAAGUGGAGGGGAAUACGUCGGAUGAAGGACACGUUCACUCUGGUGAGGGAAACUCGCAGCCAGGGCCCCGUUCACGAAACAGAAGACCUAGUCAAGAGUCGACGAGUGGGUCGACUCUUGCGAGCGUUCAGUCGAAAGGCAUUCCCCGGAUAUUUAACACAUCCGUCGGGCGAGUCCUGCAUAGUUGGUAUGCAUUGCUUAGACAUGCCCAUCUGACGGCUGCGCGCGAGCAAGCUGUAGAGCAUGUCGAGCGUAUUCAACAAGUCUACGGACGAGAGGCGGAUAUUCAACCUGCCGGCGGCGAACCUCCCGUCGUAGGCUGGGGUUUAGGCAGCUACGGCAUCCGGCAAGCUGGUGCGGACCUUCGAGAUGGCGUGUCCAUGAGUGAUAUUGAAGAAGGCGACACAUUACGCGACGAAUGUGCACAUCGGAGGGAGAACGAGGACGUUGAAGUACGCGAAAACGAGAACCCGAGUUCGCAUCGGAGACGAAGGCGGACAAGUGGGAAGGAGGUGGAAGAAGAACCCGAAAUAGACCCGCCUGCGCGAGAAGGUCAUCGGCCAACGUCUAUGUGGUGGUGGGGACCUUUGCAGCGUUGGCGGCUACAGGAUUCGACUGUGUAUUCGUGACCAUUUUUCGUCUUCCUUUUCUUGAGCCUUGGAACCUCGAUUGGAUGGAUACCUUAUUGUAUUGUAGUUGUAGCAGAAUAUCGAAUUCAUUGUAUCAUCAGGCGGGGGGAUGUCGAGGACGUUCUUUGUGGUGAGUUCCUGCUUAUCUCCAACUGUAUGACUUCCGUGAUGAUGCAUGAUGGACUAAUGUCGUUCAAGUUUUGUGAUUGUCAUUCCUGUCGGGCCUUCCUCAUGUUCUUUGACUUCAACGCGGAAACGCCAUCACCCUGCUCAACGAGUCCUCAAAGCUUCAUACCGCUGUUUUAUAGACUCUACACUUGCCAUAAAUGGCGAGGCGAUCUUCGGUAAUGACACCUGUCUUUAUUUUGGACGUGUCUUCUCUGCUGCAUGUCUUCUUGUUCGCUGCAUCUGUCUUCAAGAAAAUCUCAAAACUUUU